AUGUCCUUACAUCCGUUUUAUCAGCAUGUGGUAGUCAAGGGGUUGCCCUAUGACCGUGGAUUCUCCUAUGGUGAGCAAACCAAGGAGAAGAUCCAGCUCAAUGUCACGUACUAUAAGCAGCCAGGCAAACUAGGACCAUGGUCUUCGGUUUCGAGAGUCAUUCAAAACUGCUAUAUUCCGGGGCUGCAGCGCUACUGGCCAUCAGGAUGGGAAGAGAUGCGUGGUGUUGCCGCUGGUGCUGGUGUUACAGUCGAAGACAUCGUCAUGUUGAAUGCACGAUAUGACCUCUCGCAUGUAAAGUUCGAGGCUGUUCCCGAAACACCGGCCGCAGAAGAGCCCAAGACGGUGGAAGUCGUUCCUGAAAUUCCUCAGGAGACGCCUGCUGUCGAAGUCGCUGUCGAAAAUCCCAAGACAGCCGAGGUUGCUGAACCCACCGAGAAAAAGGCCGUCGGUGAAGAACAGCAGGUCGAAGUUGCAGAAGAAUGCACCUCCGCAAUCAUUCUCUCCCCUGCGACAAAGAACCGGGAAGUCUUCACUGCGCAGAACUGGGAUAUGUCUCACCGACUUGUCACUGAAGACGCCAUUAUCUACCUUGAGAUUCAUCCUGAUCCCUCCGAAAACGUCCCGUCAAUGUUCCUUGUCACUGAGGCGGGUCAGCUGGGCCGCUCAGGGUGCAACAGCGCUGGGCUAGGUCUCACAGCAAACUCCCUGCAGAGUAACAUGGAUCUAGCUCCCGAUUUAUCAAUCCCUAUCCCCCCCUCUGGGGUAUUGAGACGGCUUUUCCUUGAGCAGUCCAACUACUCAGCCGGACUGAAGAGCAUCGCCCGGACCCCACGCCACGUCGCGUUUAAUGUGAUGGUCUCAUCUGCCGACGAUAUUGGCAUGUGUCUGGAAGUGACACCGCAGACGAUCUUUAGGUCCGUCAUUUCAUCGGGCUCGGAAAAGCCGUACCUUGUGCACAGUAACCACUUCCAGACUGGCCCCUUCCUGUCACAGACGCAAAUUGCCGACACAUACCUCGGUGGGAGCUCAUGGUAUCGGGGUGAUCGACUCGAAGCGGGUCUGUGCAAACAGGCACAAAAGGAAAAUUUGAUCGAACAGGAUAUUGUGUCGGCAUUCCAGGACCAUGCAGGUUAUCCGCACAGUCUAUGUGAGCAUGUUGUUGAAGCAACAGGUUCUAAAGAGGAGAACUCUGGGCCGUAUUCUGGGCCUACGUCGACCGUUUGCUGUGUCGUUUAUAAUCUGUCUAAGCGCACGGUGCGAGUGUGUAAAGGUUGCCCAUGUGAGGGGACAUUUCAAGAUUUCGAGUUGCGAUGA